UGUUUAUCUGGUCAUAAUCUGUUUGCUUGUGUUCAGUAUUUUGGUAUCUUCUUUAUUUCUGAUCUGUCCCAUGUUUAGUGUAGUCUUAUUUCCUGGUUCGUGCUGUCUUUGUUCCCUGCCCUGUUCUGUUAGUCCAUGCUAGUCCCUGGUGUUAAAUGUUUGCUGUUUCUGUUCAGUCUCUGUCCGGUCAUUGUCGUGGGGUGAGUGUUCUGCCUGUGCCUGUGCCUGUGCUGCCUGAUCCGCUGUUUGGACAUUUUACACCCGAAGUGCAUGUUAUAUGAUACAGGUAUAUGGCUACAGGAAUGUGGUUUGUUUGACCAUGACCAUGAUGACCUCACCGGAGUUCAAAACGAAUGAUUCACUUAAAGCCAACCUUUCCAUGGAGUUUGGGCUUAGACGAGCACCAGUGGUGACACAGGGAGCAGACAUGGAGCAGCAGCUCAACAGACCAACAUGGAGCAGGCAGAUAGAGUUCACCCUGGCUGGCAUCGGCUGUGCUGUGGGUCUGGGCAACGUUUGGAGGUUCCCUUAUCUGUGCUACAGGAGUGGAGGAGGUGCCUUUCUAUUGCCAUACCUGUUUAUGCUGGUGGUGUUGGGGAUCCCUCUGCUCUACAUGGAACUGACUGUGGGUCAGUACACGAGGAGAGGGCCAGUCCAUGCACUGGCUACUGUAUGCCCACUGUUGAAAGGAGUGGGCAUGGCAUCAGUAGCCAUCUCCUUCAUCAUGUGCACCUACUACAAUGUCGUCAUCACCUGGGCCCUGUAUUAUCUCUUCAGCUCCUUCCACACCCCGCUACCCUGGCAGAACUGCAACAACACCUGGAACACCCUAAACUGUACCAAUCACGCCACCAACAGCAGCUACUCCUCCACAGCUAGCCAGGAGUUCUUCAAGUAUAAGAUGCUGGAGCAGACAAGUGGAGUAGAGAAAGCAGGAGUGUUGCGAUGGGAGCUUUUCCUUAUUCUCAUUCUGGCUUGGAUCCUCAUUUACCUUUGCAUCUUUAAAGGGGUGAAAUCAACAGGCAAGGUGGUGUACUUUACAGCUCUCUUCCCAUAUGUUAUCCUGCUUGCCCUGCUGAUCAAUAAUGCGCAGCUUCCUGGAGCAUUAGAUGGAAUAACCUUCUUCAUUGUGCCAGAAUGGGACAAGCUUCUCUCAGUGGAGGUGUGGGUGAAUGCUGCAGCUCAGAUCUUUAACUCCAUUGGGAUUGGUUUUGGCUCCCUCUUGGCCAUGUCCAGCUACAACGCCUUCAACAACAACGUUCUCAAAGACACCCUGACUAUAGCCAUCAUCAACUCACUCACCAGUAUCCUGGCAGGUUUUGUUAUUUUCUCUGCCUUUGGAUACAUGUCUUAUCUACAGGGUAUUCCUGUCAGCAAUCUGGCUGUGGAUGGUCCAGGACUGGUUUUUGUUGUUUACCCACAAGCCUUUGCCAACAUGCCAGUUGCUCAGCUCUGGGCUGUGAUGUUCUUCUUCAUGCUGCUUUGCCUCGGGCUGGACAGUGAGUUUGCAAUGGUUGAAGUGCUGGUGACCAGUCUCAUGGAUGAAUUCUAUCAAAAGCUGAUCAAGUUUUUCAGACGGAAGGAGUUGUUUGUUCUUGCGGUUUGUGGCGCAGCGUGCCUUCUAGGAAUUCCUUGUGUCAUGCAGGUGGGAAUCUACGUUUUCCAGCUGAUGGACCAUUACACUGCCUUAGUGUCCAUCAUGUUUCUUGCAUUCUUCGAGGUUGUAGCCAUCUGUUGGUGUUAUGGAGUGACUCGCCUUGCAGACAACCUAGAAGAGAUGACUGGAAAAAGAGCAAACAUCUUCUUCAAACUGUGUUGGCUAAUAGUUGCUCCUGUGCUGAUCACUGUUAUCCUGAUUUUCUCAAUCAUCCAGUUCAAACCAGCCCGCUAUGAGGACUAUGUCUUCCCUCCCUGGGCUCAGGGGGUCGGCUGGGUCAUUGCCAUGGCCUCAAUCAUCUGGAUUCCUUUGGGUGCCGUCCACACACUGUGGGUGCUCCCUGGCACAUUCAUGCAGAAACUGAGGCUGUCCAUCACACCAUACGCCUUGAAUGAAAUAUCUAAAAUGCCGUAUUAUGAGAGGGGAGGAAGAGACUGUGGUCCAACCCUUGCUGUCAUCUGCUCCAACAUCCAUCCACCUGAAAAACCUCAUAUUCAGACAAACCUCUGAUACCUCUGUGCUUUGCACAAUCAUAAUGUUCAUCUAGCCACCAAGAGUGGCAGAUUUUUAAUAAGCUCAAGUUAAUCACAAAGUAUUGUUUGCACUUAGUUUUAAAUAUUAAACAAACAUCUGGUAAGAAAAUCAAACUCUAGUAUACAAGAAUUAUUUACAUGAUUGUGAAAAUGUGUUGCUGCAUAUCUGCCAUGCAGAUAUUAAAAUGGCCAUUUUUGUAAGCCUAUGAAUUUCAUUUGAGAUAUUGUUGAACAUCUGCCAACAGUUUUCCUUAUUUUUAAUGUGAUAAAAUGUUGUGGAAAUAUUUAGAAUGUGUUAUUGCUGUGUACAUUUUUAAUAUCUGGCCAACCUUUACUCUGUAGUGACAAAAAGACAAAGGAUCAGUGCUCAGGAUCAGGCUUUUGCUUUGCCGAGGGUGCCAUCUCUUGGCCAUGUCUGUUGAUACAAUUAUGACUUUUGAUGAAUCUGAGAUACAACGACAAUGUAAUGCCACGAUAACAGUCACAGUUCAUACAGCUGAGCUUUUGUAUCAAACCACUUCCCUUUAAAACAUAAGCCACUGUGUACUAGUCAUUGUGGCUGACUCAUUUAUUAGGUCAAAUGCAACAGGGCACUGCUGAUAAAAAAAUUAUAUACACACACACACGUGAUUGGCAGGGGAGUACAUAGGUCACGCAACUCUAUCAUGUUAUGUAAGGUGUAAUAAAAACCUGUCGAAGUCCA